AUGAACGCCACAGGGAGCAUCGCUAUGGAUCCCCCGAAGAUGAGCGGCUUCGCCUACGGCUUCGGCGUCUCCGCGGGGAUCCUCCUCCUCAUCACCACCGUCACGCUCGCCUCCUACUUCUGCGCGAGAAACAAUAACCCGCCGCCGCCGCCGCCGCCGCCCCCUCCCGGAAGGUGGAACCGGAGCCCGGCUUCGGUGGAGACUACCGACGACCUGGAGGUGGGGAUUGACGAGGCUACGCUCGCGACCUAUCCGAAGCUGCUCUACUCCCGAAAGGCCAAGGCCCAGGAGGAGUACAAGGGCACCAACGCGUCCUGCUGCUCCAUAUGCCUGGCCGAUUACAAGGACGGCGACGUGCUGCGUCUCCUGCCCGACUGCAACCACCUCUUCCACCUCAAGUGCGUAGACCCAUGGCUCCGGCAGCACCCCACAUGCCCCGUCUGCCGCGCAUCCCCUCUUCCCAGCCCCCUCGCCGAGGUGGUUCCCCUCUCGCGACUGCCCUGA